AUGAGCUCACUACCACCACCACCUCCUCCACCGGGCUUUAAUGGUAAUAUUCCACCUCCACCGCCACCAUCAGGAUUCAAUAAUAAAAAAAAACUUCAAAAACAUGAGAGAUCAAUACCCCCCCCUCCCCCACCAGGUUUUAAUGGGGGGUUACAUGUGCCACCUCCUCCACCCCCGCCCGGCAUAGUUGGCAACCCUCUGCCACCUCCCCCGCCACCUCCUCACGCUUUUAUUGAUGAAAAUGUAAGAGAGAAUGAAACAGCAGUAUCUGAACACACUCCCCGCUCUACGCAUGCAACAGUUCUAGGCGGAAAUCAGAACGACCAAUCGGAGCCAUAUCUUCCUGGUAAGAAGCGGAAGAGAGGUAUGGAAUCUUCCAGCUCAAAGUUCACUCAGGAAAAUCUACUGGAUAAGAAGCGCCAAUGGUAUGCCAUACAGAAAAAGCGAUUCAAAAUGUUGAGCUCAAAGUCGAAAGGUCACAAGACAAAACAAAAUGGUUUGGUACACUCUCAUAAAGUUGAAAUGCCUCCAGAACACUUACGCAAAAUAUUAAAUGAUCAUGUUGACAUGUCUUCAAAGCGGUUUAUCUCCGAUAAACGUGCUUUUCUAGGCGCAUUGAAAUAUAUGCCACAUGCAGUACUGAAGCUCAUUGAAAACAUGCCUCAGCCAUGGGAGCAAGUUAAGGAAGUGAAAGUAUUAUAUCAUAGUACAGGAGCUAUUACUUUCGUGAAUGAAACUCCAAGAGUGAUUGAACCAGUUUACACCGCGCAAUGGUCUGCCAUGUGGAUAGCGAUGCGAAGAGAAAAAAGAGAUCGUAAACACUUCAAGAGAAUGCGGUUUCCUCCCUUCGAUGAUGAAGAACCCCCUUUAUCGUAUUCGGAAUAUAUCCAGGAUAUCGAACCGCUGGAUGCGGUUACUCUGCAACUAAGUGAAACAGAAGAUAGCUCUGUCAGAGAAUGGCUGUUUGAUCUGAAGCCCUUACAGGAAGAUUCAAACAAGGUGAAUGGUUCAUCUUAUAAACGUUGGAAUCUUGAUAAUCACACAAUGGCUAACCUAUAUCGUUUAUCAUUACCACUAGUGAAUUCUCCAGAUGAUCGGAAUUCGUAUUACUUAUUUGAUAAAAAAUCUUUUUUCACAGCUAAGGCAUUAAAUAAUGCAAUCCCUGGAGGACCCAAAUUUGAACCGUUAUAUCCAAAUGAGGAUGACGAGGAUUACAAUGAAUUCAAUUCAAUAGAUCGAAUCAUCUUUCGUGUAACCAUUAGGACAGAGUAUAAGAUUGCUUUUCCUCAUUUAUACAAUUCCAGACCAAGGUCAGUGCAUAUUCCAUGGUACCAUACACCAAUUUUAUGUCUCAUACGAAAUGAACGAGAACUGGAUGACCCGUGUUUCCAUUUCAAUGAAUCAUUAAAUCCGAUUACUUGGAAAGAUAUUAUGCAUAAUAAAACACGCUACGAAUCCGAAGCUAAGAAGGACGAUUUUGUAUUGCCGUCCACACUUAGACCAUUGAUGGAAGCUGAAAAAUUAGAAUCGGAAGAUACAAAGGAGACUCUAUCGCUGUAUUUCGCACCCUAUCCGUUCAACAGAAGAUCAGGAAGAACAGUAAGAGCUCAAGAUGUAGCCCUCAUCAAGAAAUGGUAUUUGCAACACCCCGAUGAAGAGUAUCCUAUCAAAGUUAGGGUAUCUCAUCAGAAGCUGCUCAAGAAUUAUGUCCUUAAUGAGUUAAAGAGGAAUCCUCCGAACAGUAACAGGAAAAUUAAGCUUCUGAAAAGCUUGAAAAAUACGAAAUACUUUCAACAGACUUCAAUAGACUGGGUAGAGGCAGGUUUACAGCUGUGUAGACAGGGGUUUAACAUGUUGAAUCUACUAAUUCAUCGUAAGGGCCUGACCUAUCUUCAUUUGGAUUAUAAUUUCAAUCUUAAGCCGACUAAAACUUUAACCACAAAAGAGCGGAAAAAAUCGAGAUUUGGAAAUGCCUUUCAUUUAAUGCGAGAGAUUUUGAAGGUUGUCAAACUAUUAGUGGAUGCACAUGUUCAGUAUCGGUUAGGUAAUGUCGACUCAUUUCAAUUGGCUGAUGGGAUAUAUUACAUUCUUAAUCAUCUUGGGCAGCUAACAGGCAUUUAUCGAUACAAGUACAAGGUAAUGCAUCAAAUCCGUGCUUGUAAAGAUUUGAAACAUGUUGUUUAUUAUAGGUUCAAUAAGGUAAUAGGACGAGGUCCAGGAUGUGGAUUUUGGCAACCUGCUUGGAGAGUUUGGAUAUUUUUUAUGAGAGGUGUUAUUCCUCUCUUGGAACGUUGGUUAGGAAAUUUACUUGCACGCCAAUUCGAAGGUCGUUCGAACGAGGUAGUCAAAACCGCGACAAAGCAAAGAUUGGAUGCUUAUUAUGAUUUGGAGUUGAGAGCUUCUGUCAUGAAUGAUAUACUAGACAUGAUGCCUGAUGGAAUUAAACAAAAUAAAGCUAAGACAAUUCUCCAACAUCUCAGCGAAGCUUGGAGAUGCUGGAAGGCAAAUAUUCCCUGGAAUGUUCCUGGUAUGCCUGAACCCGUUAAAAACAUUAUUGAGAGAUAUGUCAGAGCGAAAGCAGAUGGUUGGGUUUCAGCUGCACACUAUAACCGUGAAAGAAUUAAACGAGGAGUCCAUGUGGAAAAAACUGUUGUUCGUAAGAACCUGGGACGGCUAACUAGACUUUGGAUCAAGAAUGAGCAGGAAAGACAACAAAACAUUGAAAAGAACGGUCCAGAUAUCACUCCUGAUGAUGCCACGACGAUUUUUUCAACUAUGGUGGAUUGGCUGGAGAAGAACAACUUUUCUUCAAUCCCUUUCCCACCAUUGACUUAUAAAAACGAUACUAAGAUUUUGGUUUUAGCGCUAGAAAAUUUAAAGGAUGCCUACACUUCUAAGGUGCGUCUGAACGCCGCUGAAAGGGAAGAACUAGCUUUAAUCGAAGAGGCUUAUGAUAAUCCACAUGACACCUUGAAUCGAGUAAAAAGAUAUUUACUGACUCAACGGGUGUUUAAACCCAUUGAGUUUUCAAUGAAGGACUCUUAUCAAUAUAUCUCGCCCGUUUAUACCGUCGAUCCUCUGGAAAAGAUAACCGAUGCAUAUUUGGACCAAUACUUAUGGUAUGAAGCUGACAAAAGACUAUUAUUCCCCAACUGGAUAAAACCUAGUGACACUGAAAUACCGCCUUUAUUGGUUUACAAAUGGUGUCAGGGAAUCAACAAUUUGGAUAAGAUUUGGAAAGUGUCGGGAAAUCAAUCUACAGUUCUUUUGCAAACAAAACUAACUGAUCUGGCGGAAAAAAUUGAUUUCACUUUAUUAAAUCGCCUACUCAGACUGAUUAUGGAUCCAAACAUUGCUGACUAUAUAACGGCAAAGAAUAACGUGGUACUGAAUUUUAAGGACAUGAGCCACGUCAAUAAGUAUGGACUGAUCAAAGGCUUGCAGUUUUCUUCCUUCAUCUUUCAGUUCUAUGGUCUUGUCAUAGAUUUAUUGAUUUUGGGCCCAGAUAGAGCUAUGGAAAUUGCUGGCCCUCAAAGUUCACCCAAUGAAUUUUUACAAUUUAAAAAUGUUCAAGCCGAAAAAGCCAAUCCUAUCAGACUUUAUUGCCGAUACUUUGAUACUGUCCACAUCCUUUUCCACUUCGAGGAAUAUGAAGCAGAAGAGUUAAUCCAGGAUUAUUUGUCUGAGAAUCCUGAUCCAAACUUCGAAAAUGCAGUUGGAUAUAAUAACAAAAAAUGUUGGCCACGCGAUGCACGAAUGAGGCUAAUGCGAGAUGAUGUAAAUUUGGGAAGGGCCGUCUUUUGGGAAAUUGAAGGCCGAGUUCCGGAGUCUCUGACUACCAUAAAUUGGGAGAAUACACUUUCAUCAGUGUACAGUAAGAACAAUCCAAAUCUUCUAUUCACUAUGUGCGGUUUUGAGGUUCGUAUUUUACCCAAGUCGAGAAUGGAAGACGUUUUAUCAGCAGACGAAGGCGUAUGGGAUUUGAUAAAUGAUUCCACGAAGCAAAGAACAGCACGAGCAUAUCUGAAAGUUUCCGAUAAUGAGAUCGAAAAAUUCAGUAAUACUAUAAGGGGAAUUCUCAUGGCUUCAGGAUCAACAACAUUCAGUAAGAUCACAGCUAGAUGGAAUACCGCCCUAAUUUCGUUGUUUGCAUAUUUCAGAGAGGCAGUGGUUUCAACAGAGCCUCUGUUGGAUGUACUAGUCAAGUGUGAAACACGGAUUCAAAAUAGGGUAAAGUUAGGCCUGAAUUCGAAAAUGCCAACUCGAUUUCCGCCUGCUGUAUUUUACACUCCAAAAGAGCUUGGUGGUUUGGGCAUGCUAAGCGCGUCCCAUAUCUUGAUACCAGCAUCUGACUUAAGCUUUUCAAAACAAACAGAUACUGGUGUUACUCAUUUUCGCGCCGGUAUGACUCAUGAGGAUGACAAACAAAUACCAACUAUCUUCCGCUAUAUCACCACAUGGGAGAAUGAAUUCUUAGACUCUCAGAGGGUUUGGUCCGAUUAUGUAGCCAAAAAACAGGAGGCAUUACAACAAAAUCGUCGUUUGGCUUUCGAAGAGCUUGAAGGUUCCUGGGACCGCGGGAUUCCUCGGAUCAGUACUCUCUUUCAGAAAGACCGGCACAUUUUGGCGUAUGACAAAGGUCAUCGUGCUCGCCGAGAGUUUAAGCAAUAUUCCCUCGAGAGAAGUAAUCCCUUUUGGUGGACAAAUGCCCAUCACGAUGGGAAAUUAUGGAAUUUGAAUGCCUACAGAACAGAUGUGAUUCAGGCACUAGGAGGUAUAGAAACAAUCUUGGAGCACACACUAUUCAAAGGUACUGGCUUCAGCUCUUGGGAAGGGCUGUUUUGGGAAAAGGCUUCUGGCUUUGAAGAUUCUAUGCAAUUUAAGAAGUUAACUCACGCUCAAAGAACUGGUUUGAGCCAGAUUCCAAAUCGUAGAUUUACUCUUUGGUGGUCACCUACUAUCAAUAGAGCAAAUGUUUAUGUCGGUUUUCUGGUUCAAUUGGAUUUGACUGGGAUUUUCCUGCACGGUAAAAUUCCAACGUUAAAGAUAUCACUCAUUCAAAUAUUCAGAGCUCACUUGUGGCAGAAAAUCCAUGAAAGUAUUGUUUUUGAUAUUUGUCAAAUACUUGAUGGCGAAAUGGAUAUGUUGCAAAUAGCAGCAGUCAAUAAAGAAGCCAUCCAUCCAAGAAAAUCCUAUAAAAUGAAUUCUUCAGCGGCUGAUAUCACCAUUACAAGCACUUUCAGAUGGAACACAUCAAGACCGACCCUGUUACACCAGCCAGAUAGAUCACUUGAUGAGAUUACAACAGAAAAAAUGUGGAUAGAUGUUCAGUUGCGUUACGGAGACUAUGAUUCUCACGACAUUUCCCGGUACGUUAGAGCAAAGUUCCUUGACUAUACUACUGACAAUGUCAGCAUGUAUCCAUCACCAACAGGUAUCAUGGUAGGAAUUGAUCUAGCCUACAAUAUGUAUGAUGCAUAUGGCAAUUGGUUUGAUGGGUUGAAAAUUUUAAUGCAAAACGGUAUGAAAACAAUAAUGAAAGCUAAUCCAUCUCUUUACGUUUUGCGGGAGCGGAUUCGGAAAGGAUUACAAAUAUAUCAGUCACAGACACAAGAACCAUUUUUAAAUUCCUCAAACUACGCAGAAUUGUUCAGUGAGGAUAUCAAACUAUUCAUCGAUGAUACAAAUGUUUAUCGUGUUGCAGUUCAUAAAACAUAUGAAGGAAAUAUAGCAACAAAGCCUAUCAAUGGCUGUAUUUUUACUCUCAAUCCCAAAACAGGCCAAUUAUUCCUAAAGAUCAUACAUACUUCAGUGUGGGCGGGCCAAAAGCGUCUGAGUCAAUUAGCUAAGUGGAAGACAGCAGAAGAAGUGAGUGCCUUGGUAAGGUCACUUCCGAAAGAAGAACAACCAAAACAGAUUAUUGUAACAAGAAAAGCAAUGUUAGAUCCUUUGGAGGUCCAUAUGCUAGAUUUUCCAAACAUUUCUAUAAGGCCCACUGAGUUGAAGCUGCCAUUUUCUGCUUCCUUGGCAAUUGAAAAACUAUCUGAUGUGGUUUUGAGAGCAACAGAACCACAAAUGGUACUUUUCAAUAUAUACGAUGAUUGGCUAGACAGAGUUUCUUCUUACACUGCAUUUUCAAGAUUAAUACUACUUUUAAGGGCUCUCAAAACAAACGAAGAGAAAGCUAAAAUAAUCUUGAAAGCUGAUCCAACUAUUCCUAUCCUAAAACAUCACCUAUGGCCUUCGUUUAAUGAUGAACAGUGGAUCGAAAUUGAAUCGAAGAUGCGUGAUUUAAUCCUAUCGGAAUAUGGGAAGAAGUACAACGUCAACAUCGCGUCUUUGACACAAAGCGAGAUCAAGGAUUUGAUUCUUGGUCAAAAUAUAAAAGCGCCAUCGGUGAAGCGGCAGCAAAUGGCAGAAAUUGAGACUACGAAGGCAAAUAACAAUGAUAAUGCAGAUGAAUUAAACUCUACAACUGCAAUGAAAAUCAAAAGCACGAAUGCACAUGGCGAGGAAAUUAUGGUUGUUGCUUCUACAAACUAUGAAACUCAGACUUUCUCUUCAAAAAACGAAUGGCGCCAACGAGCUAUUGCCAAUUCAUUGUUGUACCUACGCCUGAAGAAUGUCUUCAUAGAUUCGGAAGAGUUUGUAGAGGAGAAGGAUGUUUUCAUUUUCCCAAAAAACCUAUUGAAGAAAUUUGUUGAAAUUGCUGAUAGCAAGGCCCAAAUUGCCGCUUAUGUUUAUGGUAAAUCUGCAGGUGAAAAUCAAAGAAUCAAGGAAGUAAGGGCUUUAGCAGUUGUUCCUCAGCUGGGAAAUAAUCACAAUGUUCAACUAAGUACGAUCCCAGAAGAGAACCUAUAUCUUCACGAUCUAGAACUCUUAGGGUGGGUUCAUACGCAAACGGAGGAAAUGAAAUUUAUGUCACCAGCAGAAGUCACGACUCAUUCAAAACUUUUCAAUGAUACUAGUAAUGAUUUCAUUGAUAUUUCUGUUUGCCUGAACCCCGGAUCAGUUUCAUUAGCUGCUUAUACGUUGUCCGCCGAGGGCUACGAAUGGGGUUUGAAUAAUAAAGAUUUGUUUGCUCCGUCCCCUUCCGGCUUUGAACCCGAUUUCAGUGAGCAUGCGCAGUUGAUGUUAUCGGACAGAAUUAUGGGGUUCUUCUUGGUUCCAUCUUUUGACAUUUGGAACUAUGCUUUUAUGGGGGCAAGUUUCAACCCUAGUAUUGAGUGUGAUCUUAAGUUGGACGUUCCGUUGGAAUUCUACAAUGAGUUGCAUCGCUCAACCCACUUCAUGCAAUUCAGUGAUAUUGUCGGCAAUGAUGAUUUAGAAGCAGAGCAACAAGAUCCUUUUAUCUGA